AAAUGCUAACAAUGUUGGCUGGAGAAAAUCGAAAACGGUGUGAAUCUCUUAACAAAUAGUGCUGCAGAACUCGAGGUGCAUACCGCUUGCAGAAAAUCUGAGAUUCAGUGUAGGCCUUUGCUCACUACUCUGGGGAACAUGGGAACAUGUCGUACGUCAAAGUCCUGAAUUGUCCCACAAUCCCACUUUCCAAUGGUCUGCAGAUUCCAAUAUUUGGAUUGGGCACAUCACAUUAUGGUGGAUACUCUCAUGAUGCCAUUGUGUAUGCACUCACCGAGUGUGGCAUUCGUCACAUUGACACAGCAAAGCGUUACGGCUGUGAGGAGGAACUUGGUAAAGCUAUAAGUGACAGUAAGAUACCAAGAAGUGAUCUGUGGCUGACCAAUAAACUGUGGCCAGGGGACUAUGGAUACAAAGCUGCAAAGAAAGCCUGCCUCACCUCCUGCUCACAGAUGGGGGUGCAAUAUUUUGAUCUGUACCUGAUGCACUGGCCAGAGUCAUUGCAGCCUGGUUGCUCCAACAGGGAGAUGAGAGCUGAGACCUGGAGAGCAUUGGAGGAACUUUAUAAAGAAGGGGUGUGCCGUUCCAUUGGAGUGAGCAACUUUCUUGUACACCAUCUGGAGCAGUUAAAGGAAGACUGUAGUGUGGUGCCACAUGUUAACCAGGUGGAGUACCAUCCAUUCCAGCAGCCCAAUAAACUGAUAGAUUACUGUCGUCAAGAGGGAAUAGUGUUUGAAGGCUACAGUCCUCUGGCUAAGGGUCAAGUUCUCAGUGACCCGACUGUUCUCCGCAUAGCAGAAAAGUACAGACGCACACCUGCUCAGAUCUGCAUCCGCUGGAGUAUUCAGAAUGGAGUGGUCACAAUACCAAAAUCCACCAAAAGGAAGAGGGUAGAAGAAAACAGUCAAGUGUUUGAUUUCCGACUGGACGAUUCGGACAUGGCUGCUCUGGGAGGACUUCACGAUGAGAGACACGUCACCUGGGAUCCAACAAAUGUGGAGUAACAGAAUAAGAUCUAGAUUUAGAAUACAUUUGAUUUAGAUUGGACAUGUUUGCUAAUAAUAUAGAUACUGAAACAACAAAACGCAGCGUGUAACCAGAAAUGCAAAAUACAAUGGUGGCAGAGUGAUGUACACAAGAAUAUAGUUCUAAAGGAAAAGAGGCUAUAUGGGAAAACACUAGAAGGCAGCUAAUGCUAACAAGAAGACAUGAAUAAUCAGCUGGAGGAGUGUUGUAGCUACACUGUGUACACGGGGGAAUGGCUGUACUGAAGACAGGUGUAUUAACUCUAUUUAAGAAUCAAGCAUUGUUUUCUGGAACAAAGAGACAAUAUGUAUCUUUAGCUCAUCCUUACCAACUGCCCGGUCUGUAUGAGGAGGAACACAUUAAGUAAUUAUAGCUGCAAUAGAUUUUUACUGUUCUGAAACAUGACGGGAAAGAAUCUGUAGUAAAUGUUUGGCAGUGAUUCUCUGCCUGAAAUGAUCAUAAACAGCUCUUGCUGUUUCUUAUUUGAUGGAAUCUGAUGUCAUUAUUGUUAUUUGCAGAGUGAAUAAUCAUUUUAUAAUAAAUUAUGAUUUGCAUAUUAUUGUAUAUUAAAUGAAGUGGUUAUCAUCUA